GUAGCGGUGCAUUUGACGUGGCUCGUGUUGCGACGGAACACGAAACUGCAAUCUCGCUCGAGUGCAGUCUAUGCGCUGUUUACUGUGUGCGGUGCCUGGCUUCCUUCCUCUACACGUAGUGGAGCACUCUAUUAUAACAUUGAGUUAACAAGAGCAUCAACCCAUCAACUUCUAAAAGGAUGGGCAAGCUGCCGGGAACAAUAUUCCUCUUUGACGUGGACGGAACCUUGACUAAGAGCAGGCAAGUUAUCACCAACGAAAUGUACGGGUUUCUCCAAACACUGAAGCAAGAAGUUGCCGUCGCUCUGGUCGGUGGUUCGGACCUAGCGAAGAUAGAAGAGCAAAUGGGGGGUCCACAUGCCAUAUCCGAAUUUGAAUACGUGUUUUCGGAGAACGGCUUGGUCACACACAAGAACGGUAAACUGAUCGGAAAGCAGAGCAUGCUCAACUUCAUGGGGGAAGAUAAGCUGCAGAAGGUGAUCAACUUCUGCCUACGCUACGUGGCCGACUUGACUUUGCCCCAGAAGCGCGGAACUUUCGUCGAGUUUCGCACGGGAAUGCUCAACGUGUCGCCUAUCGGGCGCAAUUGCAGUCUCAGCGAACGAAACGCCUUCGAAGCGUACGACAAGGAGCACGGCGUCAGGACGAAAUUCGUGAAGGCCCUGCUUGACAACUUUGCCGACUACAACCUAAAGUGCUCCAUUGGAGGACAGAUCAGCUUCGACGUUUUCCCGCACGGCUGGGACAAGACCUACUGCCUCGACCAGCUUGUUCGAGACGGCUACAAGACCAUACACUUUUUUGGGGACAAAACCACUGAGGGUGGCAACGAUUAUGAAAUUUACGAAGACCCCAGGACCGUGGGACACUCGGUGAAAUCUCCAGAGGACACCAUGGUUCAAGUAGAGAAAACACUGUCAUGUGCGAAGAAGUCUGCCUAGGCGUUCAGCGCGACGUGUGUGAAAAUGAAAAAGAAGGAAAAGAAAAUAUUUUUUCUUUAUGCCGACUUCAUUCGAUUCCAUUUUAAAUGAAGUCUAUGUUGCCCAAACUGAUCGCAGUUUUUUCUUAAUAAUAAAUUUUGUUUUUUAUUUAGUGUGCAGUGA